UUUGAAUAUUCUUGGGAUAAUGGGUCAAGUGAUGUCAUCAACUGAUAAAUCCUCAAAAAUCACAAAAUUUAAGAUUAAGUUUAAAAACUUUUCAUAUCCAUUAACACCAAACAGUUACUGGCUAUUCUUUGGAGUUUUCCUUCCAUUUUACUUCCCAAUUCAACCUGGCGAAGUUUACAUUCGAGUAUUAGGAAAAGUCGGUCUAUUUAGCUUCCUUGUGUGGAUAAGACUGUGUGUAAUUAGUCGGAUAUUAUUGACUGUAUUGCUUAAACAUAAAGGAUUUAUUUUGGAGACGCGAGGAGAGGAACCUUCCAAAAAAACUCAGAUUUAUAAAUGGAUAAUAGAAACUGUUCAAAAAUGGAACAAACCCUUGUUUCUUGGUCUAGAAAAUGCUCUACCAAGAAUGGCAGUGCCACCAUUAGAUGAAACCAUUCCAAAAUAUUUAGACUCAAUUCGUCCACUUACAGACGAUGAGAACUUCUUGAGAAUUAGUAAAGAAGCUGAGACAUUCCAAAAAGAUUUAGGCAAGAAACUUCAACGAAAGCUCGUAUUUAAAAGCUGGAAAGCUGAAAGCUACGUCUCAGAUUGGUGGGAGGAAUUCCAUUACUUGAAAAGUCGUGAACCUUUAAUGUACGGGACCAGUAUCUACAUUUCUGAUAACAUUAAUUGCCCAACAAAAAGUCAAUCAGCUCGUGCUGCUAACUUAGUAUCAUUAAUGCUUCAGUAUAGAGAAAAAAUUAGAACUCAGCAAUUGGAACCAAUUUAUGUGAGAGAAAUCAUUCCGAUUUCAGUUUCUGCAUACCAAAAACUUUUUAAUACAACUCGCGUUCCUGGAAUUAAUGGUGAUAAAAUUGCUAAUGUUGAGGAAUCAAAACAUAUUGCUGUACUACACAAAGGAUGUUAUUAUAAAGUUGACGUAUUUCAUAACGAUAGAUUACUUAAUGCUGUUGAAUUACAGCAUCAACUGAAAGAAAUUUUAGGAUCACAACAGACUACCUCGUCUACAGAACAAAACAUUGCAUCAUUAACUGGAUGGAACCGUACAAAAUGGGCAGAAGUUCGUGACAAAUAUUUUGCAACGGGAAUCAAUAAAGAGUCAUUAGAUGUAAUUGAAACUGCUGCAUUUGUUCUGUCCCUUGAUGACGAGCCAUACAAUUAUAAUCUAGAUUCAUCACCCAAAGAAUAUGGUCAGUACGGAAAACAAUUGCUUGUUGGAAAUGGCCAUAAUCGUUGGUUUGACAAAAGCUUCAAUUUGUGUGUCGGAAGUAAUGGAAAAGCUGGAGUUCUUGGGGAGCAUACUUGGGGUGAUGGAAACAUUGUAUCACAUUUCUUUGAAGAAUGUAUUAUAGAUGAUUAUCAUUGCUAUGACGAACAUGGCAAUCUAAAAGGUCAAAUAGAGUACAAACCAAAAAAUGUUUCCAAACUUAAUUGGGAACUAGAUGAUGACGAACUGAAAAGCUUGAUCUCAGAAGCUGGGAAAGCAGCAGAAGAAUUAGUAACCAAUGUUGACCACCGUGUCGCAGUCCACAAAAAAUUCGGAAGAGGAUUCAUGAAGUCAUGUAAAGUCUCACCAGAUGCAUUUAUUCAAAUGGCUUUCCAACUUGCUUAUUAUCGUCAACACAAAAAAUUCUGCUUAACUUAUGAACCUGCCAUGACAAGACUGUUUAGAAAAGGAAGAACUGAAACGAUUCGUUCAUGCACAAAAGAGUCAUCAGCCUGGUCAAAAUCAAUGGACGAUAAAAAUUUCAACAAGCGUGAAAGACUUGAACUAUUCAAGACAGCCUGUCAAAAGCACCAAAAAUUGUAUUUAGAUGCGAUGUACGGAAAAGGAGUUGAUCGUCAUCUUUUUGCCCUUCAAGUAUCAGCUCAACAAAAUAAGGCUGACAGUAAUUUCCUGAACGAAGCAGUUAAUGAACCAUUUAUGAUGUUAACAAGUCACAUUCCACAUAGUCAAACACCAAAAACUGAUCAUAGUAAAAAUGAAUUUUUGAUCUCUGCUGGAGGGGCGAUGCCACCUGGUUCACAUAAGGGUUACGGAAUUUCCUACUUCCCAUUUAAUGAUGAGCUUUUAUUCCUUCAUGUUACAAGUAUGAAAAAUUGUGAAACAACUGACACCGAGGCACUACUUAAUGAAAUUAUUAAAGCACUUUCGGACAUUAAGAAUUUAUUUGAGAAUUAAUGAAUGACAAAUUUCUAUUUUUUAAAGACGGAAUUCAAUGAGAAUGUAAACAAAAUUUU